UUAGAUAUCAUUUGGAUUUGGAAUGAAACAGUAAGAGAUUACAUUCAUGGAUGACCAACAAGAUAAGGCUAUUGCUGCCGCAGCCAAUGGAGAAAACAUUGUGACUAAUGAGAUCAAAGAAAAUGACUCAGAGGACCAAGAUGUGGCAAUGAAGUCAUUUGCAGCUCUAGAAGCAGCUGCACCAAUCCAGCCUAUACCAGUGGUACAAAAAGAGACCCUGAUGUUUCCCAGGAGUCUCCUGCCUCUGCCCUCUAAGAAGCCCUGCAUGCAGAGCCCUCCAUCACCUUUGGGUCUGGUUGAAGUACCUGAGCAUGCUGCUAAUAGUGCUUCUGUAAAUGCCAUUUCCCUCACAUCUGGUGUUGCAAAAGGCCUGAACACAUGGUCACUACCCAAUGAGUGUGAGAAAGCUCCAUUUGCCAUAAUGGAGCCUGCAGGCAUGUCAGCUCUGAAUGGAGACUGCCUUAUGCAGCCAAGCCGGACUUGCUUGGGCUGCUUCAUGGAAUCCAAGGAGGCAGUAGAUCCUGAGCCAGGGAUCAGUCUAAAAGUCGGUGAUCUAAAUAGAGAUUAUGAAACAUGUGCAGUCUCUGAUAUAGGGAUUCAGUGCAUCAGUACUGGAGAAAACAUAAAAUAUGGUGAGCAGCUGCUGUCAGAUCAGCUCCUGGGUUUCCCACUUCAUAAAUCAAGGGCAGGAGAUAGGCGAGAAGCUGAGAAACCUGACAUUGACUUGGAAGAUCCGGCUCAGAAAAGUUAUUAUGAGGCAUUACUGUUAGAUAAGUGCAAUACAGAAGAAGCUUUACUUGCAAAUUCAAAUCAGGAUUGGGGUUACUUUGAGACUUUUAUUAGUGAAAGUAAAAUUGAACUGCUUGACCUCUGUUCCAAGAAUGAGCUAUCUGUCAAUCUGUUCUCUGAAGAAGAUGUGGAUAACUACAUGUUUGAUGAUGAUGAGUCAACACUGGGCAGUGAUGUCUGCUCCCUGAAAAUUCGAUAUGAGUCAUUUCAGGACAAUGUUCGAGACAAAACCACCCUCCUAAUGCAGGAGGAUGCCCAAUUCAACUUUUUUCCCAGUGUUUUUUCCACUUGCCCCAAGAGGGAACCCAAGAGUGGCACCAUGAAGCAGAGCAGUGAUCUUUCCCAAUUCAAGGUCCCUGAUAUGAACAUCAUCUGGGGGGAGGAAGAUAAAAACUUGGACAAGAAAAAAGGCAAAGAGGAAGAACAUGAAGACAAAAGUGUAGAGACAAAAGAUGAAAAGGAUGAUGGGGAAAAAACUGCCUUAAAUAAAUUGUGCAGUGGAAUUGAGGAAGGGCAAUUUAAGAAUGCAAAGCAAGGCCAUCUUGUUAAUUCCUUAGAGACCUCAGGAAACUUCAGCGAUGACAGUUCCUUCAUUGAAGUCUCAUAUGAUGCCAUGGGAGAGAUCAAGGAUUGUAGCCGCUAUAUGGCUCGGGACACUAAUUCUAGCAGCUCCUCCUCCCAGCAGAACUAUGGACUGAGAGCCAAGAGAAAAGUCAGAUACAGUGAAGAUUAUCUGUAUGAUGUUGACUCACUAGAGGGUGAAAAAGUGAAUGAGAGGAAGGAAUGGCUUCCAGGUGGUUCCAAAGAGGAAGAUGAUGAUGAAUGGUGCCCCAAAAAGAGAAGAAAAGUAACCCGUAAGGAGCCCCCUGUUAUCAUCAAAUAUAUCAUCAUCAAUCGCUUUAAAGGUGAAAAGAACAUGCUAGUGAAGUUGGGUAAGGUGGAUGCUAGUGAGACAACAGUGAAUUUGAGUGAGAAUCAGCUUAACAAAUAUGCCAAGCUGGCACCUUUAAAGGGUGUCUGGCAGAAGAAGAAAAAGCAGAGAAACAUCCACACAGAAUCCAUCAAGACACCCUUAUGCCAAAAGCAAAGCUUUGAACCGGGUAGCUUUGAGGUGUCAUUUCUGCCACCUGUUCGUAAACGAAAAUCUAAACUUGGCAACAGGCACAGGAUUCAAAGAAUUGCAUCCAUGGAAACUUCAGUAAGUAGUAAGCAUACUUCAUUCAGCAAUGAUCAAAGACAAACUAGUGAUCGCAAAGAAGAUGGAGGCCUAAAAGGUACAAUGAAGCCAGCACCUUUAGCUAGCCCCAGCUGUGCAAAUGGAUCACAUUUAAACGACAUCACAAGUUCUGACUCAUUGAAAGUCAAAGCCCAAGAUACAGAGUUUAAAGGGCCAGAGAGGAAAGUGCUCAACAAAAUCAAAUUUAAAAGUGAAGCUAGGUUAAAAUCCAAGAAAAUUAAAACUGGGCAAGAAAGCAAGUCGGUUGUUCAAAUGAGCCCUUUCUUGGAAAGCAAGUCCUCCAAGGCUAAUUAUAAAAAUGAAGUUAUUCCAGAGACCUCAAACAGUUCUCAUCUGCCUGAAGUUCAUGAGGUGAAAGUUACUAAGAAUUCCACCUUCUUACCAACCACCUGUUCUUCUGAAAUGUCUCUAUCAUCUGAUAAUGUUGCUACUAACAUACCUGUUAUCCCUGGAGGGUAUCUGCAGACCUUGUUAGACGCUUCUGACAUGUCAAACAAUACCGGCAUCUCAUACUUUACCCAUAAUUCUCCAGAGCAAAAUGAAGAAAGCCUCACUCAGAGAGAAAAAGCAUUUAUACCUCUCCAACCAGCCCAAGACUGUGUACUCUCCUCAUCCUCUGACUCUGAGCUACAGAAGUCAUCUCAUAACUUCAAAAUGGAAUCCAGCAACUAUGAAAAUGUGUGGCCCAACAAGGUUACUUCUGGAACCCAGGAAUUCAUGGCUGAAGUGUCACAGGAGAUAGUCCCAAAUCAAUCCAAUGAAUUUGAAGUCUCCAACAUAGGCUCCAUGGAGAAUAACCUCACAGCUGUAGCAUACAAUCCAGUCUGCCUCAAUAAUGAUGGCGAUAGUUGCAACAAGGCUCUGUAUGCCUCUGCACAGGAUGGUCAGCUUCCAUCUGAUGACUCUUAUCAAUUAUGUCACUUUAAUAAUGGAGAGAUCUGCUUUCCUUUCCAGCAGGACCCAGUCAGUAUGAAUGAUGGUCGGCUCUUUAGCUUUGAUUCAAUGGCCCCACUGUCUGUCAGCUCAAGCAAUUAUUGCUCCUUAAAUUUGAAGUCUUCUGAAAAGGAUGGUGAUGAUGAUAUCACUGAUGACUUCCUAGCCCACUGCAGCCCCAAGUUGGUGAUCCAACAGAGCAUUGAUGAGAUAGCACCACUAAAGGAGUCCACUGACCUUCUGGAUAUCUCCAACUUCACUCCUGAUAAAUUCCGCCACUCUUCCCUCUCAGAGAUUUCCCCACCUGACACUCCCAGUCUUUCACCUCAGAUUACCAGAUGUGAAAGUACAAAGGCACUAGGAACACUGAAAGGAUUCCAAGAGAGAGUGCCAGGAUUAUUGGGAAGCGUGGAGAAAAUCAAGUGGGACUGUAGUACUCUUUCACAGCAGGUCCAAGCUGAUGAUGGAUUUACUUUAAAUAAACAUCAAUUUCAGUUCCAUAUGUUCAAUGAUGAGGAUUCUGUCAGCCUGCUCCAAAAAAACCCUUGCCUAUCAACAUUUAACGAUUCAACUAGUCCGAUCAGUACAAGCAACAAAGUGUCAAAAUCAAGAAAGAGAAGUUCACCCAGCAAGAGUGGGGCUAUGAAUCAAAGCUCUUCUCAAAAAAACACCAGGAAAAAGUCCCUGAAAGUCAACAACAAAGGAACUGAAAAGCCACCUGGCAAAACCUCCCGCCAGAUCCCUAAGUCAACAAAGAAAGGGAAAUAUAUGGCUUCCAUCACUGGGGAGAAAAUGGAAAUUGGCUUUGGCCAAGGGGAAGGCCAAACCAACAGCAUAUCCUCUACUGGGAAGACACUGGUAGAAUGUAUCCAACAUGGUGGCCCAGCCUCUUCUAUGAAAAUGGCAAGUCACAAGGGACUUUCUGGAGAUUGGGCUUUGGGAAAAGACAAUAGCUCAGGCUGGAGUGAUACAAGCAUGGGCACUAACACCAACACCCUCCUGGAUGAUGACCAACGGGAAUUUCAGGAGCCUUCCUACAUUUUGUCCAACAUUGCCUCUGGUAUGGCAGAUGUGCAGAGAUUCAUGAUGGCCUCCAUAGAGCCCCUGUGGGAACCCAUUGGGCACCAUGGAGACCCCAACAUAGUGUACUCCCCAGAGUCUAAUAGUCUAAAAUUAAAAACCCUCAAAAUACUGGCUGGGACACCACAAGAGUCUAAGAAAAAGGUCAACAAUGGAUUCCCAGGAGCCACUAAGAAUCACAGGUCAAUCAAGGGUGUGAGCAAAAGCAAUGGGAAAGCAGCAAUAGGUGAUCUUGGUGGCACAGACAUGCCCAGUUAUAAUGAGGACAAUUGUUCUGCCUUCUUCGAUAAAAAGUACAGUAAUAUGAGCACUUUAGGCAAUAAUGGACCAACACACAAAAAAUUAUAUCGUCACAAAUCCAGCUCCAAGGUCCUAAGAGAUGAGAAAUGUAAGGGAAAGCGCAUGGAUAGAGAACAGGUCCACAAGGAUGAGGCUGGGACAGCAUCUUUUGAAAAACUGAGGGAUUCUGACUACAAUCUCCUAAAAGCAGAAACAACAUUAUGGGUUUUACCUGUGUUUGAAGAAGAGACUUGCAUUUUCCGGAAAGACAUUUGAUGUUUGUGUUUAUUUUGUUUCAAAAUAUGCCUUGUGGUAUGUAUGUUAACAUGUAAGUGCUUAAAGAAAAAAAAUUAAAUUGUGGGAAUAAGUCUUUGAAAGUAAACUUUAAUCUGAUGUUCGAUGUAAAAGACUUAAAAAAUCAUACAGUUGCACAAGUAGUUUAUCACUAUGUACCCACAAGGACAAAAUGGAAAACGUUGUGCCAAACUACAAAUAAGUGACUGUAUUGUAUAUAUUUUUACUUCUAUAUCAACAUUUGGUUGUGAGUAUUUGGGGAAGCUUGUCCCUCUUAAUUUACUAGAAACAUUCCAGUGAUUUUUGCUAUUAAACACCCCACUUAUGUGGAUAGCACCUGUAGAUCACAGUGGAAAAAUAUGUUGUGUUACAUGAUUUACCAAAACUUAAAACAUACUGUUUGAAAUGUGCCAAAUUUCCUUGCCUUGUCUUAUGGAUUCACC